AUGAAGUUAGUUUCUGAGAGCGUGAAAAGCUUCGCAAUGGCAAAGACAUUCACAGAGAACGCAGCGAAGAUUAACUCGCUGACGUUCUCGCAAGAUGGAGAUUGCUGUCUCGCUGCCUCAGAUGACGAUUCAAUCACAAUCUACAAGGUGCGCGAAGGAACAGUCGACAGAAAAGUCUACUCGAAGAAAUAUGGCGUCGAAAAUGUCAAAUUUACUAAAAGAAGACAUCAGUGCAUCUAUAGUUCGAACAAAGUCAACGAUGAUAUUCGGCAUCAAGAAUUAGAGCAAAUUAAAUACAUUAAAUAUUUUUCGGGGCAUAAAGACCGCGUUGUUUGCUUGGAAAUGUGCCCUGGCCAAGAAGAAAUGUUUUUAUCUGGAAGUCGCGAUAGAACAAUACGCCUGUGGGAUCUGCGUUCUCCCCUCUGUCAAGGACUUAUGAAAACAAAUGGCACUCCCAUCGGAGCAUUCGACCCGGCCGGCCUCAUUUUCGCGGCUGGCAUCGAUAACUCGACAAUCAAAUUGUUCGACAUUCGUACCUUCGAUAAAGGCCCCUUCUGUUCUUGGCACAUUCCAAAAUCAUCAGACGCUGUUUGGACGAAUUUGGAAUUUUCUGCUGACGGCACUCAAAUUCUCAUAACAACUAGUGGAGAGACGCUGAAAAUUGUGGAUGCAUAUAAAGGAGACUUGAUCGGAGAAGCGAGGUGUCCGAAUGGAACGAUGACGAGAGCGUGCUACACUCCUGAUGGCUCCAUGAUCGUCGCGGGGGAUGAUAUGGGCACUGUGACCCUUUUCGACAAUAAGGGACAUACAAAUAUGAAAAGGCGACAGUCAGUUUUCGAACAAGUAAGAGGUCGAAAAGUAAGACCGAAGAAAAUUGUCACAGAUGGAUUGUAUCGGCUCGACCAUCAGUCUUUCCAAGACUUUCCCCAAAGAUCUGGCCGACCAACUUGCUCAAGUUUGGAUAUGGAGGAAAAGCUGAUGCUCUUUGGUUCUGAUGAAGGAGAGAUCGACAUAGUUGACACGAAUCUUCUGAGUUAUCAGGGAGCGAAACCGAUUGCUUCGAAGAGAAUAAAAAACAUGCCAUGCAUUAACGAAAUAGAAUGGUUUCCUGAAGACCAGUCGCUCUUUUUGACCCUGACUAAUGAUAAAUUGCGAGUGUGGGAUACUGCAAAUUUAGUCGUUGGAGCAAGCAAAGAAAGAAGAUACCUUGCUAGCGCUUUCAGACCCGAUGGAAAAUUAAUUGCGCUGGUGACGAAAAAGGGAAAAGUCCGUCUUUACGAUUUGAGAAUCGGAAGCGAUCGGAAAGAAAUCGCUGAUCCUGCAAUGAAGAACGCAAAAUGCCUUGCCUGGGCUACAAAGAGGCAAAUCGCAGUCGGCUGCGAGGGAGAGUAUUCUGAUUCAGUUUCUGUUCACACGUACGAUACUCGAUUUGACCAACGACCUCUUGUCACGUGGAAUAGUCAGAAAUCGGGAGAAGGGGGGAUUUCGAAGCUUCAGUGGGGGCCUCAAAGAUCUUGCUUGUUCGCUGGAAUCACCAAGUAUAUCGACAAGGAGGGGAUGAGGGAGAAAGUGCCAGUUCCAUCCGUUUAUGUUUUAUCACAAAACGAGCUCGUUCCCAUCACUGAAUACUAUCAUGAGAAUACAAUCGUUAGCGCAAACUCCUCAGGAUUAACAAAUGGGGAGAAUCAUUAUGUCAACUUCAAAUUCGUCGAUUUUCAAAAUCUUCUGAUUGCGGAUCACCAUGACAUUUACGUCUACGACACGACCACAAACUUGAUCAAACAGGGGCUAUCGUUUCACUGCGAAUGGAUAAACGGCUUCGAAAAUGUUGUUGAGGAAAUGAAUUUGCGGCUUCUUGCAUCCAUUUGCGCCCUUCAGUUGGUUGCUGCCUAUCUUUUCUUGUCUGGGUUCUUGCUUCGUCGAGUCGAGCUCUCCAACCGUUCAGAGUGUCUGCCCAAUUCCCCCGAUGUCUGUACUCUCCCCCGCUCUUAUUCCCGCAUUCUGGUGCUGCUAGUCGACGCCUUCCGCUAUGACUUUGCUGUGUUCGACGAGGAUGUCGAUGAAACAUCCCUUCCGCCAUUCAAAAACCGAAUGCCCAAACUUCAUUCUCUGCUCCAACAUUCCGACAAUUCCCGCCUAUUUAAAAUUUAUGCCGAUCCACCCACUACCACAAUGCAGCGCAUAAAGGCAAUCACCACUGGCUCGUUUCCUACCUUUGUUGAAGGCAAGGCUUCAAAAGUUUUGAAUCAAAACACAUGGUCAAACUUUGGCGCCGAUGAAAUCAUGGAAGACAAUCUUAUAUCGAGCUUGAAAACGGCGAAAAGAGAGACAGUUUUUGUUGGCGAUGAUACCUGGAAAAUGCUCUAUCCAGAGAAAUUUCUCAGAAGCUAUUUUUAUCCCUCCCUGGACGUUUCUGAUUUGGAUACAGUCGAUUUCGGAGUCUACGAAAAAGUCCCAGAGGAACUCAAAAAGAACGACUGGGAUUUGUUGAUCGGCCAUCUUCUUGGUGUCGAUCAUUGCGGGCAUACUUUCGGUCCAUAUACUGAUCAUAUUAAACAUAAACUCACGGAAAUCGACGAGUUUAUUUACAAUAUGACAGAAAAAAUCGACGAAGAGACGUUGUUACUAGCCUUUGGUGAUCAUGGAAUGACUGUCACUGGCGAUCAUGGAGGAGAAUCCUCAGAUGAAACUGAUGCAGCUCUCUUUGCUUUUUCCAAGCGUGGAUUCCUUCCGUCCAGAACCGAGCCACGAAUAAACCAAAUCGAUCUCACAUCGACGAUCACUCUCCUUCUUGAUGCACCCAUCCCCUUUGGAUCUCUUGGAACGCCAAUCACCGAGCUAUUCAACGCUGGCUCAGAAUUCCAAGAAUACCUAAUCCUCCAGAAAGCCUACCACCAAACCCUUCAGUAUCUCAAUGAGUACUCGAACAUUCAGUCGAAUUUUCUCUCCCUCUUUGGAAUCACUGAAGACGAUUUUAAACCCGAACAGUUCUGGUGCUACGAAGAAGGAAGAAAAGUAACGUCAGUCUCUGUCGUUAGCACCUCGAUUUUGAUCGCUGCAUUGCCGAUUGCCUUUUUGAUCAUCAAGUAUUGGUCUAAAAUUGGGCAUUCGUAUAUCGAGCGUUAUUUCAAAUCAGCGCUUAUUCCUAUCUUUCUCACUUUGUGGAUCAGCUGGCUGCUACCUGCCCUUCCAUCAGAUUAUCUAGCCAAAUUUGAUGGAGUCAAGAAAGCCGAUCUAGACUGGCUACAAGUCUCCUGUUCCAGAUUCGCUCUCUUCGCCAGUCUUCUUGGGCUCGUCUGGUCUCUCUUCGACGUACCGGUCAUAAUCCGAAAGACCGGAACCAGAAUGUCUUCAAAUCAAAGUGGAAUCACUAUGAGAGUGGAUGCUGGUAGAUUUGAGAUUCAUGGACUCUUGGAUGCGCAAGAGCGCCAACGUUAUAUUCUGAUGCUAUCUUUAUUCGUUUUGUGGACCGUACUUCUAGGCCCUGGACUGAGCAUCGCCGGGACCUUCUUUUUCACUGACCUAAUAAUUUCCGAACAUCGCCACAAAUCUCUUCAAACUCCUCACUCUUCACUCGAAACGACGCGCCUUUGGCUCCUUGCAAACUUCUACUUUUUUGCCACUGGCAACACUACGACUUUCAGUGGAGUCCCGUUCAAUGUGGCCGGCAUCGGGCUCAUCAGCUGGCCGACUUUGGUCAUUCCCGGCUUUUUAGUUUUAUUUAAUUAUAUUGGAUCCUAUCUCUUCAUCCUUGCCUACCUCACUAGAAUGUCCGGACUAGUCCCCUGUGGAAUUUGUGGCCGGAAAUUCGCCGAGGAACGACUCGCAAAGCACUCGAACAUUUGCGAGAAGAACGCAAAGAAAGCGCCACGAAAAGCUUUCAAUGUUCAGAAGCAGCGUGUCGAAGGCACGGACAUCAACUACAACGAGCUCAAACGGAAUGAGAAAAAGGCGCCAACAGUGAAGGAGAUUCGUGCUACGAAUAGGAAAAAUAACUGGAGAGAAAAGCACAACGAGCUUGUUUCAAACAUCCGAGCAGCGCGAGGAGAGGAUCCUCUUCCAGCGGAUCCUUACGGCGGCGGUUCGUAUGGUGGAAAUUCUUAUGCAGCGCCACAGCAAGACCGAUAUCAGCCCGCUCCGAGGCAAUCAUCGCGAUACCAACCUCCGCCGCGAAAUUCCCGAACACAACCAGCUGCACGGCAGUCAACCAAGUCCAGAUACCAGCCAGACCAAUACGAUUACGACGACAACGCUUACGGAAACAGCUACGCAACUCAUCAACCGACUGGAGCUCCUGGAAGGCCACCACCAAAGGCAGGCCAAAUUCAGUGCCCUACAUGCCAGAGAAACUUCUCCGAAGAGUCUGGAGAACGCCACAUUCCAUUCUGCGCUGAACAAGCGAAGAAGAAAGCGUUCAAAGACAAGAACAAAAAUCUCGCGGCUCAAAAACAACUCGCCCGAACAAGUUACAAGCCACCAAAGCCCAAGUCCACUUCUGCAUCCUCUCCCAAUAUCAAGAUGGCUCGAUCAAGUGGGUACGGUCCAUCUGGUGGAUACUCUGUCACCCAGAAGACGUCGAUGCCUGAAUCAAAUCGAUACGGCUACGGCCAGACCAAAUAUGAUCAAUUUCUUGAAGAUUCUGUCGCAGCAAAUCCACGAGUGCCUUCUGCCGGACGCAGAUCUGUCCCUUCUAAAGCGAGCAUUCUUGCCGCCUCCAACAAAAAGUAA